AUGGCACCAACUCCAAUCCUUGACCACAUCGUCAUCCUCGUGCCACACGAGACCCUCACCAACCUCCCACAUUGGCUCACAGAUGCUUUCACUGUCCUGGAAGGAGGACGCCACGCCGACGGUGUCACGGAGAACAAGCUGAUACUCCUUCGAGACGGCGUGUACUUUGAACUGAUUGCGUUUGUCCCCGGCAAAGAAGAGGAGAGAAAGUCUCACAGGUGGGGUGCCAGACGCCCCGGCCACAUUGUCGACUGGGCGAACACGCUUCACAGCGAGGAUGACCUGGAAGUCAUCAGGGAUCGGAUCAAGGCUGCCAGCACGGGCAUACAGUACACCAGCCCUACACCAGGAGGCAGGAUCAAGCCCGACGGCACCGAGCUGAAGUGGAUCAUCUCAUCUCCUUACCUGGACGAGGCAGCUGGGCUCGAUGGCUUCAUCGGCGGGGAAGCGCCAUUCUGGUGUCUUGAUCGCACACCGAGAGAGAAUCGAGUACCUUUCCACAAGGCAGAUAACGUCAAGCAUCCCUCAGGUGCUCUGGGGGUCCACCAGGUGUCGGUCUUUGUCAGGGACAAGGCUCAAUUCGAUACGUUGAAGGGGACAUAUGAUGCUCUCGUCGGACGUGAUGGGACACAAGUCGAAGAACCAGCAGGCAGUCGGGCCUUUAGUUGGCCGGCCGGAGUGCUAGAGUCUGUCGAUGGAGGAGCGUCUGCUAACCUGGUCCUGGUUGAGGCUGCGCCUGGCAGCUCCACAAACGGUGGGGGUGACACUUUUGUGAACAUCUCUCUCAAAUCGAACAAGGACAGUGGGUCAAUCGGGGGCCAUCUGGGUGACGAGAAUUGGAAGAUUCAGCUUGAUCUGAAGAAAGUGGAUUAA